AUGGAAUACAUUUUUUGGGAAGUUGAUUAAAAAAGUAAAAAAGAGAAUGGCUGUAUUAAUAUUUUUGAGUUUAUUUAGACAUGGUAGAUUAUAUGAUGGAUUUGGUAGAAAAUGGGGAGUUGGGUUAAAGUAUGUGA